AUCAAGAUGGCAAAAACAAAAAUUACAAUAAGAAAAAAAGAACAGUGGAAAUGUGGUUUUUGUCCCACUUCAUUUGACUGUAAAGAUGAAAGAGAUAAUUAUCUGGCUUCUUGUGCAAAUGAAAGAUUGUUUUGUACUGAAGGUGGCUGUUUCUACCAUACAGACAAGUCAAAGAACUUACUGAGACACAUGAAAACUAAACAUCAGAAAGACGAUGAUAGUGAUAGUGACAAAGAGGCAAAUACUAGUAAGAGUAAAGACCUGCUCAGCGGUUCAUCAGAGUCCGAGUCUGAGGAUGAAUGGAAAAGACAGGAUCCAGGAGACAUUCUUGGACAGGACAGUGAUGAAAGUGCACACCGUGAUAAAGAAGAAGAGAAGGAUACAGGAUUAAAAGAGACCGAAAACAAGAAAGAUGACUACAUGGUGACAAUUAAACCAGAUGAAAGAACUGUUGUUUGUAACACAGAAUUGGGUCGGAUAAUCAGACAAAAGACUACUCCUCGGCUUCCAGGAGUGAGAGGUACUUUUGUUGGAAGACUGGGACCAGAGAUUUUUGCAGUUGGUAAUAAGAGUACCGAUGCAAAAGGAUUACCAGUGGACAACCCAGACAAAGGGGAAAGUAAAGUCAAUGAGAAGGAAAAUAUUGCUCUCUGUUCAACAUGUAGGAAAAGGAAAGUGAAUUUAGUUUCGUGUGGUAUUCAAACAGACUCGUUGUUGUAUACGAGAACUGUAAAAACUGAAACAACCUAUCGAGAAGGUCCAAAGAAGAUCCGUAUAGUGGAAGUUAAAGAAGCCAUCUAAAGCUUUUCAGAUAUUGAGUGGACAUAUU